GGUUGCUCUUGUGGAAAAUAUUCCUGAAGGGAUCAACUAUUCAGACAGUGCACCAUCCCAUUUGUCUCUUUUCCAAGGCUGGAUGAAUUUGCUUAAUAUGGCUGAAAAGUCUGUUGACAUAGUGUCUUCCCAGUGGGACCUCAAUCACAGCCAUCCAUCAGCAUGCCAGGGUCAGCGUCUUUUUGAAAAAUUGCUUGAACUGGCAUCCCAAAAUAUUGAGAUAAAACUAGUGAGUGACAUACUGCCCGUGGAAUCAAAGGUAUUAAACGACUUGAAAACAAAGGGUGCUGAAGUGAUGUACAUGAACAUGUCAGCGUAUAAUGAAGGCCGGCUGCAGUCCUCUUUCUGGAUCGUUGAUAAACAGCACGUGUACAUUGGCAGUGCCAGCCUAGACUGGAGGUCACUGGGACAGAUGAAGGAACUCGGCGUCAUCGUCUACAACUGCAGCUGCCUGGUCCUGGAUUUACAAAGGAUCUUUGCCCUGUACAGCUCAUUAAGAUACAAGAAUAAAAUACCUCCGAGUUGGUCCAAGAGACUCUAUGGAGUGUACGACACUCAAAAUAAACUGACACUGCAGCUGAACGAGACAAAAUCAGAAGCUUUUGUGUCGAACUCACCCAAACUCUUCUGCCCAAAGGACAGAGUCCUGGAUAUUGAAGCUAUUUACAGUGUUAUCGAUGACGCAAAGCAGUUUGUGUACAUAGCUGUCAUGGACUACCUGCCUAUCGUCAUUGACACCAAUGCUAAACGGUACUGGCCAUAUUUAGAUGGGAAGAUAAGAGAAGCGUUAGUUUUACGAAGUAUUAAAGUACGACUUCUCAUAAGUUUCUCAAGAGACACAGAUCCCCUUACUUUUAACUUUGUUUCAUCUCUGAAAGCUAUUUGCACUGAAGUUCCAAGCUGUAGUUUGAAAGUUAAAUUCUUUGACCUUGAGGAAGAGAGCGCGUGCUUUCUUAAAGAACAGAAGAACACUUCCCUUCCCAAGUUAAACCGUAACAAAUACGUGGUGACUGAUGGAGCUGCAUACAUUGGUAAUUUUGAUUGGGUAGGAAAUGCUUUUACGCAGAACGCCGGAGCGGGCCUUGUUAUCAACCAAGCGGAUGCGGGGAACAGCACAAGCAUCAUUAAACAACUCAAGGCUGUUUUUGAAAGGGACUGGUAUUCACAUUAUGCCAAAAGUUUACAACCAACAAAAAUCCCAAACUGCUUUAAUCAUAAACUUAAUAAAGCACCAUCGAAUAAGACUGCCAUGAGCAAUGUGAAUUAG